AUGGUGGUGGGAACGGCGCUGCCGCGCGGGGUCUCCAUCUCCUUGGUGUGGAUCCUCCUGCUCCUCUCCUCCCUGCUCCUCCUCUCGCCGUCGGCGGCGUCCGUCGACUUCAGCCACUGCGGUGGAUGCGACGACGCCGACGACGGCGUCCUCUCCAGCACCUACAACAUCCUGCAAUGCCAGAAGGUCAGCGACUUCCUCAUCGCCGCGGCCUACUUCUCCAUCCCGCUCGAGCUGCUCUACUUCGCCACCUGCUCCGACCUAUUCCCCCUCAAAUGGAUCGUGCUGCAGUUCGGGGCCUUCAUCGUGCUCUGCGGCCUCACGCACCUCAUCACCGUCUUCACCUACGAGCCACACUCCUUCCACCUCGUUCUCGCCCUCACCGUCGCGAAGUUCCUCACGGCACUCGUCUCCUUCGCCACGGCCAUCACCCUGCUCACGCUCAUACCGCAGCUCCUCAGGGUGAAGGUCAGGGAAAACUUCCUGAUGAACAAGGCACGCGAGCUGGACCGGGAGGUGGGGAUGAUGAAAAGGAAAGAAGAGGCGAGCUGGCACGUGCGCAUGCUCACACAGGAGAUCCGCAAGUCGCUCGACAGGCACACCAUCUUGUACACCACCAUGGUUGAGCUCUCAAAGGCGCUGGAGCUGCAGAACUGUGCUGUCUGGAUGCCUGAUGAGACCAGGAGCGAGAUGAUCUUGACACAUCAGCUGAGGGAGAGGGAUAUAAUGGACCCGCAGAACCGUUCGAUUCCUAUUGAUGAUCCGGAUGUUCGAGAAAUAAAGGCGACCAAGGAUGCAGAAGUUCUUGGGCCAGAUUCGGCGCUAGGGGUUGCUAGCCGAAGCAAGCUUGAAGCGGGGCCUGUGGCUGCAAUAAGGAUGCCGAUGUUAAGGGUGUCGAAUUUCAAAGGAGGGACUCCAGAAGUGAUGCAGACAAGCUAUGCUAUCCUGGUUCUGGUUUUGCCUAAUGAUGCUUCGUUAGGGUGGGGUAGAAGAGAGUUGGAGAUUGUUGAGGUAGUUGCUGACCAAGUUGCAGUUGCUCUGUCACAUGCUGCGCUCCUAGAGGAGUCUCAGCUGAUGCGAGAGAAGCUUGCUGAGCAGCAUAGGGACUUGCUGCGGGCAAAGCAUGAAGCCAUGAGGGCAGGGGAAGCUCGGAAUUCCUUCCAGACUGCAAUGUACGAUGGAAUGCGAAGGCCAAUGCACUCGAUCCUUGGUCUCGUCUCGAUGAUGCAACAGGAGAGCAUGAAUCCAGAGCAAAGGCUUGUGAUGGAUGCCAUUGCCAAGACAAGCAGUGUUGCAUCCACGCUUAUGAAUGAUGUGAUGCAAACAUCAACAAUGAACUGUGAACACUUGUCUUUGGUGAGGAGGCCGUUCAACCUUCAUUCCUUUAUCAAAGAAGCUGUUGGAGUGGUCAGAUGUCUAACUGGUUGCAAGGGUGUAGAGUUCGAGUUUCAAGUGGAUAAUUCUUUGCCAGAAAGGAUCAUUGGUGAUGAGAAGAGAGUCUUCCAUAUUGUCCUGCACAUGGUAGGCACCCUAAUAAACCGAUGUGAUGCUGGCUGUAUCUCGUUAUAUGUCAAUGGUCAUAAUGAGGUUGAAGAGAGGCAUAAUCAUGACUGGAUGCUGCGAAGAGCAAACUUCUCUGGGGGCUAUGCAUGUGUGAAAUUUGAGAUUAGGGUUAGAAAAUCCAAGGACAAUCUUUUGAGUUCGUCAAGCAGUCAGAUAAGCCAGGGGUCCAAACCCAACAAUUCUGAGAUGGGGCUUAGCUUCAAUAUGUGCAAGAAGAUUGUGCAGAUGAUGAAUGGUAAUAUUUGGUCAGUAUCAGAUUCUAAAAGCAUUGGAGAAACUAUCAUGCUCGUCCUCCAUUUCCAGUUGCAACCUGUGACUCCGGUCUCUGGAGCGUCCUCAGAUUUGUACCGAUCGUCCGCAAUUCCCAACUUUAAUGGGCUCAGAGUCCUCCUUGCGGACAGUGAUGACACCAACCGAGCUGUAACUCACAGGCUCCUGGAGAAGCUUGGUUGCCAAGUCCUUUCGGUUGCUUCUGGCGUCCAAUGCAUGAGCUCCUUUGCUGCUGAGUCGUCCUUCCAGCUGGUGAUUCUUGACCUUGCCAUGCAGACGAUGGAUGGAUUCGAAGUAGCCCUCGCGAUCAGGAAGUUCAGUAGCAAUAGUUGGCUGCCGUUGAUUGUUGCCCUAGCAGCAAGAAUCAACGACAACAUCUGGGAUCGAUGCCAGAGGUCAGGAAUAAAUGGCCUGAUCCAGAAACCAGUCACACUAGCUGCACUGGGAGAUGAACUGUAUAGAGUCCUUCAGAACAAUUAA